CCCAACACUAGCACUGCUUUCAUUCAGCUUGGGAAAGGAAAAGAAUGAAGAAGUACAUAACCUCCAAGACGAAAAAACGUUCAUAUAUUUUAUAAGUGAUUUGGAAGAGUCAAGGAGUUUAAAAUAUAUAAUUAUUUAGUUUAAAAGUAAAUAGAUUGUAAACAUAAAAAAGUGACAUGAGUGUGUUCAGUAACAUUAGUGACGAAAACUUUGAUAUUCCUGAUGAAAAAGAUGAAGAUUUCAACAUUGAUGAAUACAUGAAGGAAAAUGAUAGUGAAGACAGUUCUAGUGAUGUACCUGAGACUUAUAAUGAGGAAAAGGAGAAAGAGAAUCAAAAUAAGGUGGACGGAGACAAGGAUCAAACAAAUGAAUAUAUUGGACCAAUUCUUCCUGGAGAUCAUAGGUUUGAUAAAAAGCUCAUCUGUGUUAAAUAUCCUGGCAAUGUCAUUAAUCCAGAUAAAGCUGUAGAAACAUUAGGUGGCAUUAAAAGUAUUUCUACGGCAGUAAAUACUCCCAAUCGACGUUUGGAAUUAAGAUUCAGACCACACGAUGGUUAUUGUAAACCAACCUGUGGUGAUCGACAUAGUACCAAUGGGUUUUUACUUAGGAUAAGAAUUAAAAAAUCUAAAGUACAGAAAUCGAAAGCCGGUGAAACGAAAGAAGGACAGAAGCAAUCAGUUAGCAAUGUAAAUUUAAAUAAGAAUCAUGAUAAAAAUGUGGAUAGAAUAAAUAUAGCAGAAGCACAGCACAGUAAUGUAGGAGACUGUUUUCAAAGAGUGCAAACUUCUAGCUGUAACGUCUUAAAUGAUCCUGCUGGUCCGUCCAAAGAUUUGCUUUCUGAGAACGUCAAAGAUUUGCAAGAUUUAUCUUUAGAUACGAGCGAUGCGAAUUUGUUAAAGAGCGGGAAGAACAUUGCGCCAACAUUCGAUCGUAAUAAAUAUCAGGAUCUUUCUGAAGACAAAGAUUAUGAAUUACCGAAGUUGAAAGUUUUAGCUCGGAUUGAUACGGAAUUUAAAUUUAUGAAUCUUUGUGAUUUCCAAUAUUUGCCCAUGACUCAAAGUACAAUGGAUUCAAAAAGAUUGGAAUGCAUAUACGACAAAAUAUAUCCGAAUAACAUACCUCCUUUUUCCUGGCUAAAGAACGACGUACCUUAUUUCUUGCCACCAGCUGCAUUCAGUAGAAUGGACACGAUGCAACAUUACGUACCGAAAACCGAAGUGAGCUCGUAUCCGGACAAUGUAAUAGGAAAAAGCAGGAAGAGGAAAUCGGGAUUUUCGAAUUUUAUUUAUUUUUCGACGCCAGAAGUUCCUACUAAACCACCGUCGGGAAUAGAGACCGCUAUGAAAGUGAAGUUCAUUCAGAAUGUGCAACUCGAACAGAUCCGUCAAAUUUUCGAGGAACGACCAAUUUGGUCGAAGAACGCGAUAAUGUAUAAGACUAAAUUCUCUAGUGAGCGAUUGAAAUUCUUAUUGCCGGCAGUCGCUUAUUAUUUCAUUACCGGGCCAUGGAAGAUCAUGUGGGUGAGACUGGGAUACGAUCCGAGAAAGGAUCCCUCUGCAAAGAAGUACCAAACUUUGGAUUACAGAUUAAAAGCAAUGCACGGACUGGGAUCCACUGUGAAAUGUAAAAGAAAUUAUUCGGCUUAUACGCUGCCGUACAAAUCUACGCCUGCUGCGAAACAAAAAAUGAUGGCGCAAAAUGCAGGUUCUAGCCAGGAGAGAGGUUCUAAAAAGGGUCAGGAUUAUGGUGAAAAUGUGUACAUCUACAGGGUAGGGACGAUUCCACCAUCAAGACAAAUGUUUUAUCAGUAUUGUGAUAUUCUUGUAGAUGAAAUACAAGAAAUGUUAGCAAAAUUACCCGACCCAUUACCUGGUACCAAGUGCCAUGAGAAAAGAGGCUGGUUACCAAGUGAUAUCGACGUGCAAUGCAGAGAAAUCAUAAAUAAACAAGUGCGAGCUGUUUUGAGAAAGCAGAUGAACAUACCCGAAGACCAUCCCGUAUCAUUGCCACGGAAACGUAAGUUGAACAAGAUGAAAUUGAAACUUAGCAAACUUAAAUUAAAAGGUAGGAAAAGGAAAAGGAAAACCGAAUCGGUAUCCAGCGAAGACAAAAAUGAGGUACACGAUGAGGAGAUGCACGAUGAAUCUGGUAUAGUUACAACAGAAAAUUGAUACUCCACAAAUAAAAAUGAAUGUA